AUGAUUUUCGGUGGGGAUUCUGUCUCCGGGAUACGGUUCCCUUUAUCGGUUCUCUGGCGGCGUUAUGAAGAAGAUUUCGGUGUGUUAUACGGAAAACUAAAUCGAUCUGCGGAAUAUUAUGAGGAUUUUCGGAGAUCUCACGGAAUUGAGAGAUCUGGGUUUUUGGAGGGACAAGAUACGAGUCAAAUUUCGAUAUCGAUUAACUCUGAUUUAGUUAAGUGUCGGAGUAAUGAAGGGGAUAUUGUGGAAGAUUGGGUUCAAAUGGGCGGAGGAUCUCUGAGAUCCGGAGAAAAUAUCUACUCGGAAGAUUCAAAUGGAGGUGAUACGAAUCAAGUUAGGAUAUUCAUAUGCCUUUUCCUAUCUCGAGGAGAAGAUUUGGGGAGAGAAUUGAAUCCCUCCGGAUCGGAAUCGGAGGAGUCAUGA